CUUCAUAAUCGAGAUGUACAAUGCUUAAACCAGUAAUUCUGCUCCUGUAUUUGGAUACGACAACCUCUGCAAAGUCUAGUUUAAACUUCUGAAUGAGAUCGAAGUUGCCAAAGACUUGUGGUGUAGUAGACAUGGCGAACGAUGUAGUGGUAGAAGACAAAGGACGAGAUGCAAGCCGAAACGGGAAAUUAUUUAAAUGUUUCCUAAUGCCACCGCAACCGGUCUGUUUGUGAAAAGUAUAAGGAGAGGAUGGAAACCCGAUGCUUUUCAGGCUCCGCCUGGCAAGAAGGGGUAUACAACGAGAGAUAGAGCGAAGCAUCCACCACUGUCCUGACCGCGCUCGAAGGGAUGAUUACGUGAUUCGAAAUCAAAUUUUUCUUCGAUCACUUUCCGGCAGUCGUCGGCUGCACUCAAAUCAUCAUACUCUUCCGAACUUUUUCAGCUUUCCCCGGUAGACCUUUGUUUACUAGUCGAAUCCAUGUCAUGACCUCCAAAAGGCCUUCUCUCACUGCCGAACAACUAGCUCUCUCAGAAGCUCGCAAAGCGAAAAAGGCGAAGCAGAACGUGGCAGCUCCGACUACGGCUUCUCUGGUCGACGAGGUGAAAGGGCGUAUCAUAGAUCGGAAGUGGAUUCAAAUCAAGGACGCUGAUAAUGUCCCAAGUGGCCAUCGCGUAAAAAUUCUCACCUGGAAUUUACUCGCACAAUGCCUUGUCAGACGAGAACUAUUCCCAAAUAGCGAUUGUCUAAAAGCAGUCCAACGGGAACAUAUGCUUUAUCGUGAAAUGUUACAACACAACGCCGACAUUUUAUGUCUUCAGGAAGUAGAUCGUUUAGAGAAAUUACUUCCCGUUCUCGAGAGCGCAGGUUAUGCUCAUAGAUACGCAGCUGGUCCAAACAAAAAACACGGUUGCUUAAUAGCGUUCAAGAAAGACCUUUACGAAGAAAUGGGUCUAAAGUUGAUAUUGUAUGACAAAGAGAACGUACGCGAUACGGACGAGGAAGGAGUUAGCCUGUGCGGAAGCACUUUCCGUACAAGAAAUAUUGGUCACAUUGUAGCUUUGAAGCAUACGCAGUGCGAUGAAGGCUUGGUCAUCGCGACGACACAUCUAUUCUGGCAUCCAAAAUAUGUGUACGAAAAAGCAAGACAAGCGGCAAUAUUGAAAAGGGAAGUUGUGCGAUUCAAACAAUCCAUAGGCCACGAUGAUUGGCCAUGUAUCAUCAGCGGGGACUUUAACUUCACUCCCGACGACCCUGUAUACUCACUCAUAGUCGGUGAUCCUGUACUCCCCGUGCAGGAAGAAAAACUUAGGCCUUCCUAUGUUGUCCAUACAACGAUAGAUCCCGUAGUUGCCACCGGAGCUAGUGAAACCACCGAUGGCAACAAUGAGAACGAGGAAGAGGGCGCUGAUCCCGAUAAAGUCAUCACCAACGCGCGCGCAGCCCGACCUGUUGAUGGAUUACUCUCGUUAUCAGAGUUGAAAAACCUGUUUCUAAGCUCUGGUCCUCCGCUGAAAAGCGCCUACGACAGUAGUUUGCGGGGAUAUCUGGAAUCUUUCAGCGAGUCUAACAAACCAACAAGGACUUUUGGGGAUAGGGUUUCUAUUCCAUCUUCCAGACUAGGUGGAUAUGAACCAGAAUGGACAAGCUAUACAUUCUACUGGAAGCUAGUUCUUGAUUAUAUCUUCAUCUUAGAUGCUCCGCAGAGUCAAUCAACGAUCACCGGUGUCCUAUCCGGACAUCGCACUGAAGACCUCCAGCCAGGACUCCCGCAAUUGGGAGUCUGCGGGAGCGAUCAUGUGUUGCUCAGUGCGGAAAUAGUUUUCACGCCUACUUUGACGUAGCCAGUGCUUAGCGUACUUGUAAGUUUGAACAUGCUAUAACACUAUAGAGCGCAGCGAUUGUAGCGAGAGACAUGUAAAGAAUUUAGGAAUUAGGAUGCUUGUAAUGAGCGACUGUCCAUGGUAGGUAAAAAAAAAACAAAA